CGGCCAUAAAUAGAGAGAGAGUCUUGUUGAGAAAGCAUUAUUACCUAACUCUUUUGACAAGAUACACCCCCCACUUUGCGACCCCUCACUGAUCCAGUCAGUUCCUUGCACCUUCAUCCGCUCUCAAGAAACGUCAUUGUAUGCAGGUACUGUACACUUCAAUACCAAAUUUCGGUUCUUUUGAUUCUCCUCCUCCUUUAUGCAUCUUUGAUCACUUUACUUCCCUGAUAAUGCGACAAACCUGGCUCGUAGUCGGCGCCUCCCGAGGUAUCGGCCUUGAAUUCGUCUCCCAACUUCUCCACCGCGGGGACACCGUAAUCGCCACAGCCCGCGCUCCCCCUCCUUCCAAAACGACCGCACCUCCACCCUCCCAAUAUGGCAAUGCCAGCCAACUCUGGUCUUUGACCGGCACGCCUAACGGGCACAACCUGAAAAUCCUCGAAUGCGACGUAUCCAAUGAAGAAAGUAUAAAAUCAUUCACGGAGCAAGUGAGGAAGUUAGGACGGAAAGGAGGUGUGUUGGAGAAGGGAGUUAUUGAUGUUGUGGUGCUGAAUGCUGGGGUAUUGAUUUAUCCGAAUCGGAUUUCAGAAAUAACAUUCGAAACCUUCUCCCACCACCUACAAACAAAUACCAUCGGCCCCCUCCUCACAGCCCAACACCUGCUCUCUCUCUCCUCCCCUCCCUCACCUGCCUCUUCCACAACACCACUCUCACCAACCUGGGGUCCGUCAACCCCGCUCUCAAUCCGCACACUGGUAUUCAUCUCCUCCGACUCCGGCUCCACGACCAAUUUCCGCGCUUUCGAAGACGGGUUCGGCGCGUACGCUGCCUCGAAAGCAGCGCUCAAUCAAGGACUACGACAUUUAGCUGCUGAGUUAGAACGAAAGCGGAGAGGGGAUAGAGAGAGGACGGUAGUUUUGGCAAUCCACCCAGGGGAAGUGGGUACGGAUAUGGCGAACGUGAGUUUAGAAUGGGAGGUCGAGGGGAUUGUCAGUCCGAGGGAGAGUAUUGGGUGUAUGUUGAAGGUUAUUGGGGAGAAG